AUCUCGUGAAUUGAUUUGACGCAUAAUCAAAGCGCCAAUUAAUAAUAAUGUGUUGGGGAAAUUUGAGAUGUGAUUCAGGUUUCGACUCCAUUAUUUCAUCGAUGAGGGGAUUGACUUUGAAUUGAGAGAGUCAUGGACUGGCCUCAAGUUUCCUCUGGAAGAUCAAGCUCUCUGACUGUUGGGGAGCAAAUCUGCGCCGUCUUCAUACCUCUGUUUGCCAUUAUUGAUCUCCUCAUUUCCUCCGUCUCACAAUGCUUCGACUGCCGUGGCUCUUCCCCUCGGACAUGCCAGCACGCGGAUCUGAAUCGUCUUGCCCGUGAAUCUCGAUUUUCAGUCAAUGAAGUUGAAGCUUUGUAUGAGCUGUUCAAGAAACUCAGCUGUUCUAUUAUUGAUGACGGUUUGAUUCACAAGGAAGAGCUUCGACUGGCGCUGUUUCAAGCUCCAUAUGGUGAGAACCUCUUUCUUGAUAGGGUUUUUGAUUUGUUCGAUGAAAAGAAGAAUGGGGUUAUUGAGUUUGAGGAAUUCAUCCAUGCACUCAGUGUCUUUCAUCCCUACGCACCAAUUGAGGAGAAGAUCGACUUUGCGUUUAGGCUCUAUGAUCUCAGACAGACCGGAUUUAUUGAGAGAGAAGAGGUGCAACAAAUGGUGGCUGCUAUUUUGAUGGAAUCUGAUAUGAUACUAUCCGAUGAACUUCUGACCAUGAUUAUUGAUAAAACAUUUGCUGAUGCAGAUUUCGACAAAGACGGUAAAAUUAGCAAGGAUGAAUGGAAGGUGUAUGUGCUUAAGCAUCCCAGCUUGUUGAAGAAUAUGACUCUUCCUUACCUAAAGGAUGUGACGACAGCAUUCCCAAGUUUUGUUUUCAACACUGAGGUUGAAGACUGAGGCAGAACCAUGUCCAUGGAGCACCGGUUAUAUUACAUCUGCAGCUUCUGCUUGGUUUUACGUACUAAACUUGUUUUCCGUAUUGUCUUUUAUCAAAAUUAGUUGGUGAUUAUUAGCUGUAAGUAAUAUUGUGAAGAAUUUAGUUAUGUUUUAAAUAGUGUAGUGUAAACUGUUGCAUUGAAAGUAAUGAAGCAUUUUUUUCUAUU